AUGCCCACCUAUGUGAAGUUUAUGAAAGAAAUCUUGUCAAGAAAGAGGAAAUUAGAGGAUUAUGAGACGGUAGCACUAACUGAAGACUGUGGCGCAAUACUACAAAAGAAACUACCUCCAAAGCUUAAUGAUCCUAGUAGUUUCAAUAUCCCAUGUUCUAUAGGGGGUUUAUUAGGAAUAAAGGCUUUAUAUGAUUUAGGGGCUAGUGUGAAUUUAAUGCCUCUAUCAAUCUUUCCGAAGCUGAAUUUGGGAGAAGCUCGGCCAACUACGAUAUAUUUGCAGAUGGCAGAUAGAUCAUUUAAUCACCCUUAUGGAGUGAUUGAGGAUGUAUUGGUGAUUGUAGCACUACAUCGCUAUGCAUAUGGUGCUACGACGCUAGUUCCCAGCCUCAACAACUGCCAUACUGAUGUGGCAGUUCAAUUUGUUUAG